GGCGCGCCGCGCGCGCCGGGGAGAGAGCCGCACACGCCGGAGAAAUCUCCCCGCACGCCGGAGAAAUCUCCCCGCACGCCGGAGAAAUCGCCCCGAGCUGAAGAUUCAACUCCAAAUAUCUUGAUGACUGAACAAGUGGUUUCGAGUGACAGGGAGGUUAUCUCGUUGAUUGCCAAUCAAGUGACUGCUGGCCAAGUAGUGGAGAAAGUGGCGCCCACUUUCGGCGAAUUGGAUUGGCGGGCGUUUGCUCUUCAUGUGGAGAAGGCGUGCACAUUCACAGCAGAGAACGGCGAAAAGUUCACAGCAUGUGAGUACAUUGCCUUUGAUGACACAACAUCGCUGGCGGAUGUUGUGGCUGAGGUGGCGAGGCAUGAGACGAAGAUGGAUCAGGCGUUAGAGAAGCGGUUGUUUCUCCAUUUGAAAUUGUGGGAUGAGCGUGGGUGGGAGGCUCGGGAUGCCAUCCAUCGUUACCUCUGCUACAGCCGAGCUAGACAGAGGUUUGAGGGAGGCGAGGUUUUACCCUCUGCGAAUGAAGUGGCACAUCUUGCUGCCCUUCAUUUGUUUGUGAGGUUCGGCGGGCUGCCUGCGCCACGUUUGACACCAUCUGAGGUGGAACGAGCCGUUCCACAACGGUUUCUGUCGCUGCCAGAGCGAAAAUGGGAAGAGGUUGUCCGUGAAGAGUACGGCAAACUGAAGAAGGGAUUGCUUCCAACAACAGCGAUGAUGAGAGCAAUGCGGAUCAUCGACAGCCACCACAGUAAGUAUUAG